CUUCUUCUGCUUCCCUUCCUCCCCCGACCCUCUGCACCCGACGAGUCCCCCCAACUACCGCCACCCAUUUCCGGCCGGAAAUCCGGCAAAGCUUGGGGAUUUCUCCAUAUGUUCUUGUCUUAGAACACCUGUUGAACCCAGAAAAUCCCAGAUCUGCGUCUUCCUCCCUCUGCUGUCCGUCGGCUUCAACUUGUGGGUUUGAAAUUUCUGGGCAUUUUUCGCCCGCGAGUUCCCCUGCAGAAUUUCUUCUUCCUUGCCGCCGGCUUUUUCCCCCCUGCUAGGCUCGGUUUUGCUUUCUAAACUCUGGUAAGUUGCUGGCCUUUCCAAGCUGAAAAAUUACCCAUUUAAUUGCUGGGUUUUGUCCAUUAGUUGAUGCUCUGUGUUGUCCGAAUCUGCUGGGAUGGGGGAUGAAUUUGGCAGCCCUUUUUAUUGUGUUUUAAGCUUGAUUAUGUAGAAUUUAGCUUGAAUUAGCCGCUGUGAUGUUUUGUGUGAGAAAUCCCGUGUGCGUGAGUUGUGAUUUGCCCAAGUUAUGCCCUCCAUGUGCUGCCCGUGAGAUUGGGGAAAUUUUGGUAGCUUUAAGCUAUGUUUUAAGUGUGGUUUAAGUAGGAAAUUAGCUUGAUUUGGCCUAUUGUGAUUUUUGGAGAAAACCCGUGAGAUUAUUUUGGAGGAUUGCAGUCACUGUUCACUGCGGAUCACUGUUCACGGGCACUGUUCACGGGCACUGUUCACACACCGAGGGUCAAUAAUUAACGGGGAUUUAAACGAUUAGUUUGUGAUAUAAGAAUAAAUUGGAGAUGUCCGAUUAUGUGGAGAUUGAUAGGAAUAGCAUUGGGAUUAGGAGUGAUUUUAAUGAUGAUUUUAGUUUGAAUUUGUGGUAGUCCGGUAUUAAUUCUGAGGUGUUUUGAUUAGGUUCCCGAUCGUUCUGUCAGUUAGCACUGAGAUUGAGUGCUCGGUUUUAUGCGAGUGAGGUAAGUAAAUCAUGGUAAAGCCCUUCGAUUUUAAAGCAUGU